AUGUCAUAUGCAGAAUCAUUUUUAGUUGAAUAUUCAAAGAGUGAUAGGGCAACUUGUAAGAGUUGUCAGCGAGGAAUUGGCAAGGGUGAUGUUAGAAUCGGACACAAAACAAAGAGUAAUCAUCACGACGGUAUGGAUGUAGCUUGGAAUCAUGUAAAGUGCAAGGUGAACAGAGUGAAGGAUCUGGAAGCACUCAAAGGCUGGGAGGUGCUGCGUUGGGAGGACCAAAAGGAUAUCAUCGAUAAGUAUUUCCCUGGUUCGUGCAAGCUGGAUGCUGCCACACAGACCAAACGACAAAAGUACUUGGAGGGCAUCUACGAGAUUCGCGAUGAACUCGAGGGAUUGAUCAAUUUGCCGGCUGCCAAACUGAUUGCCGAGGCGAAUGGCGACAAACCGGGAUCGUCAAUCGAUCUGCACCAUCGAAACAUCGCCGAUUGGAUGCUGCUUGGACGUACCGGACCGUGUCCAACAUGCAAGUCGCUCGCCGUCUACUACAACUCCAUUCAAUACAAAUGCUAUGGAUACAUGUCAGAGUACACCCGUUGCGAUUGGGAGGGUGACAGCAUCGCGCGUUACAAGAUGGUCGUCCCCGACGGCUUGAAAGCAAACAUCGCUAAAUUCUUCCAGUCGUUCAAGUACUCCAAAGACUAUCCAAAGACAGUCUACACCAAACCCAGUUCCGACGAUGAAGCUGAGGAGGAAGAAGAAGAAGAUGAGGAGGAGGCAGAUGUUGAAGCAGAGGAUGAUGAUGAUUCCGCCGCUACUUCGACAACAACCACUUCAACAUCGGAUGGUGCAGAGGAAGAUGAAAUACCCGUUGGAAAAGAGUUGUAUGGUAUGAUUGUUGUCGUUGCCGGAAGUGCAAAGACACUGGAUCCAGCACCCAACGCUAUCAAAGCGUUGGUUGAGAAACAUGGUGGUCAACUGGUAGAGCAAACUGCUAAGGCAACCCUCAUGAUUACCUCUGUCGAGGAGGUGACAAAAGCAUCGUCGAAAAAGGUACAGGAUGCAAUCAAGACAAUUCCAAUCUUCCCAGUGACAUGGCUGCUCGACCUCUGCAAUCGUACUGGCCAAGGUAUCAACCUUCGUAAGCGCUCGAUCUCAAAGACAUGGGCGAUAAAACCAUCAUCGCUAAACGACGACCACGAGAUGUGCACAGUUAAAUAUCACUUACCAUGUCUACCCAAAGCAAAGGCAACCACCACCACAACAACUACUACCUCAACAGCCGCAACCAAGAAGAGAAAGACUGAAGAACUCGCUCCAGUCGAUCCAAAGAAGAAACCAAAGCCAGGCUCUGAUAUUUUGAAGGUCGAUCCAAAGGCAGGUUCGGGCUAUGAGAUCUACGUCGACCACGAUCCAGAGUACGGUUACACCGCUCACAGCGUCAUGCUCAAUCUCGUCGAUGUCAGUCACGGUUCCAACAAGUUCUACAAGAUCCAGCUGUGCACCAAGGGCAAGCAGUACGGUGUUUUCUUGUCGUGGGGACGUGUCGGUCAUGAGAUGGGUAACAAGUUUGAGACAUACCGUUCGUUGUCGCCAGCGAUCGACUUUUUCAAAGAGCGUUUCACCUACUUCACCGACGUGAAAUGGGAGGAUCGUCUGCGUUUCAAGAAGCGUCCAGGCAAGUAUUUCAUGACACAGUUGGACGACGGCUGGGAAGACGAAGAGACCGAGAAAUGGGAGUCUGCCACCUUCAAGAAGAACAAGACUGAAGACGGUAGUCAAGAUCUCAGCUUGUCAGUAUCCAGCACUGGAUUGCCACAGAGAACACAAGAGCUCGUAAAGCUUAUGUUCGAUCCAGAGAUGAUGAAGAAACAACUGGAAUCGAUGAGUGUCGACGUCAAGAAGAUGCCACUCGGUAAGAUCAAGAAGAGUCAGAUCAUGAGCGGAUACGAGAUUCUCUCUGAAAUUCAAAAUCUCUUAUCACAACCAAAGCCAUCACAAAUUCAUUUACAAGAUUGUUCAAACAAGUUCUUUACACUCAUUCCACAUGUUUUCAAUGCUGACAGUCCACCUAUUAUCGAUACUCCAGCUGCAUUGAAGAAGAAGAUGGAUCUUAUUGAAGCAUUGCUUGACAUUGAAAUUGCCAAUCAACUUAAAAAACAAACAGAGAAUGUUGAAGGUAAUAUCAUUGAGAAUCAAUACAAGACACUCAAAACCAAUUUCAAUCCACUCGAUAAACAAUCGGAACUCUAUCAAUUGUUGGUCAACUACACUCAAAACAGUCAUGACAGUAACUACUUUAGAUUCAAACUCGAUGUACAAGAUAUCUGGAGUGUCGACAGAGAAGGUGAAACUUCAAGAUUCAAACCAUGGGAAGCAAAUGAAAAUAGAUUAUUAUUAUGGCAUGGAUCACGUUUAACCAAUUGGGUAGGUAUUAUUUCACAAGGUCUCAGAAUUGCACCACCCGAGGCACCAAAGACCGGUUAUCGUUUCGGUAAGGGUAUUUACUUUGCCGAUUGUGUCAGUAAGUCUGCCUCAUACUGUUUCACCACUCGUGAGAAUCCCACUGCCUUGAUGAUCCUCUGUGAAGUGGCAUUGGGUAACAUGAACGAACUCAAAAACGAUCAAUACAUGGAGAAAGCACCAUCCGGUAAACACAGUACAAAAGCACUUGGUAUGGCUGCUCCAGAUGCCAAAGAAAACAAGAAGAUUGAUAAUGAUAUUACUAUUCCAGUUGGUAAGAUUAAGAAUACUGGAUUGUCUACAUCUUGUUCACACAACGAGUUCAUUGUCUACGACAUCAAUCAAGUCAAGAUUAGAUAUAUCCUUAAAGUAAAUGUUACCAAUUAA